AUGGGCAACUGCUUCACGCUGACGCAGCUCCUGGAACGCGCUCAGGGAUGGAAGGUAUUGUGUUUUCGGUGCCCCGACUCGAGAAUCUUCAUGGAAAACGUCAUACGUCUGGCUCCGCCGCCCCAGGGUAAUCUCGUCCUUGUCGCGGAGCCGAUCAGCGAGGCGAGCCUGGAGCGAAUUUUGAGAGGCCGCGAUGGUGCCGCCUCCUUGCCCGAGGUGCACACGUGCCAGAUUUCCCAUGAUGUCGUGGAUGGGCAGCGAGUUUCGAUGCGCCAUGAUUCCUUGCAUCCCUUCGAGAACGGGCGUACGGAUGGGUAUGGGGAGUCGGUUGCGAUUGAUAUGGAGGGUGUUAAGGAGAAGGGGGCGGAUAUCACGGCCAUAAGAGGAGAUAAUGUCAACCAUAGCGUUGAGCGGGCGACAACGCUGGCAAAUGACUUGGUUGCUGGUUGGAACUGGCCUGAGUUCCGGGACCAGUGCUUCGUGUUGGCUGAUGAUGCGAUGGAUGGGCCCGUGGAGGUGGAUAAGUAUAAAGAUGGAGAGGAGGAGCACCUGUUCUGGGGAUGA